UUUCAAAGCUCAAACCCUUAAAAAAGAUCAAACUUCACUCUCACAAAUCAUCGAAACAGGUUCAGGUUCAGAGAUCUGCAACCUCAUCUUCCAUUGAUAAAAGCUUCAAUUACACUCAAACACACACACAGAAACUCAAACAGAUCUGUUAGAUCUUCUUCAGUAAUUACACUUUUAGGUUAAUUCUCAACACACACCUCUUCGAUGGCGCAGUACGUGAAGAAAGAUGACGAUCGCGACGAAGAAGAGUACUCGCCCUUUCUCGGUAUUGAGAAGGGAGCAGUUCUUCAAGAAGCCAGGGUCUUCAAUGAUCCUCAGUUAGAUUCAAGGAGGUGCUCUCAGGUUAUUACAAAGCUGCUUUAUCUUCUAAAUCAAGGGGAAACCUUCACAAAGGUUGAAGCCACAGAAGUCUUCUUUUCUGUGACAAAACUUUUCCAGUCUAAAGAUAUCGGUUUAAGAAGAAUGGUUUAUUUGAUUAUAAAGGAGCUCUCACCCUCUUCAGAUGAGGUUAUCAUUGUCACAAGCUCACUCAUGAAGGAUAUGAAUAGCAAAACCGAUGUGUAUCGUGCAAAUGCUAUCCGUGUAUUAUGCCGUAUUACAGAUGGAACACUUCUUACUCAAAUUGAGAGGUACUUGAAGCAAGCUAUCGUUGACAAAAAUCCUGUGGUUGCCAGUGCAGCUUUAGUCAGUGGUAUCCAUUUGCUCCAGACGAACCCUGAGAUUGUGAAAAGAUGGAGUAAUGAAGUACAAGAAGCAGUUCAGUCAAGGGCUGCACUUGUACAGUUUCAUGCACUUGCACUGCUCCACCAGAUAAGACAAAACGAUAGAUUAGCUGUGAGCAAAUUAGUUACCAGCUUAACAAGGGGUACGGUGCGUUCACCUUUGGCUCAAUGCCUGUUGAUUCGUUACACCAGUCAGGUUAUCAGAGAAUCAAGUAUGAAUAAUCAAAGUGGGGACCGCCCAUUUUAUGACUAUCUAGAAGGUUGUCUCCGUCACAAAGCAGAAAUGGUUAUAUUUGAAGCGGCGAGGGCAAUAACGGAAUUAAAUGGUGUUACUAGUAGAGAAUUAACUCCUGCAAUUACCGUUUUACAGCUUUUCUUAAGUUCCUCUAAACCAGUACUUCGGUUUGCUGCUGUCCGCACAUUAAACAAGGUGGCAAUGACGCAUCCAAUGGCAGUUACUAGUUGUAAUAUUGAUAUGGAGAGUUUAAUCUCAGACCAAAAUAGAAGUAUCGCUACCCUUGCAAUUACCACACUCCUGAAAACAGGCAACGAAUCAGGUGUUGACCGUCUGAUGAAACAAAUUACUAACUUCAUGUCAGAUAUUGCUGAUGAAUUCAAAAUUGUUGUGGUUGAUGCCAUUAGAUCCUUGUGUUUGAAGUUUCCCCUCAAGUACAGAUCAUUGAUGAAUUUCUUAAGCAAUAUUCUGAGGGAAGAAGGUGGGUUUGAGUACAAGAAAGCAAUUGUUGAUUCAAUUGUGAUACUCAUAAGGGACAUUCCAGAUGCCAAAGAAAGCGGCCUUCUUCACUUGUGUGAAUUUAUCGAGGACUGUGAAUUUACCUACCUAUCAACACAGAUUCUACAUUUUCUUGGCGUGGAGGGACCAAAGACUUCUGAUCCUAGCAAAUACAUAAGGUAUAUAUAUAAUCGGGUCAUCCUUGAGAAUGCAACGGUUCGGGCAAGUGCAGUAAGCACAUUGGCUAAGUUUGGUGCGGUGGUUGAUUCUUUGAAGCCCCGUGUAUUCGUUCUUUUGAGGCGCUGCUUGUAUGACAAUGAUGAUGAGGUACGUGAUAGGGCUACACUGUAUUUAAAUACUCUUGGAGGAGACGGUUCAGUUGUUGAAACUGAUAAAGAUGUAAAGGACUUUCUCUUUGGGUCACUAGACAUCCCCCUGGCCAACCUUGAGGCUAGUUUAAAGAGUUACGAACCUACAGAAGAACCUUUUGAUAUCAGUUCUGUACCCAAGGAAGUCAAGUCUCAGCCGCUUGCAGAGAAAAAAACCGCUGGUAAAAAGCCCACCGCUCUUGGUGCGCCACCAGCGGGUCCCACUUCCACAGUUGAUGCAUAUGAGAAGCUAUUAUCUUCUAUUUCAGAGUUUUCGUCAUUCGGAAAGCUUUUCAAGUCCUCAACCCCAGUGGAGCUAACGGAAGCUGAAACAGAAUAUGCAGUAAACGUUGUGAAGCAUAUAUUUGACAAGCAUGUGGUGUUCCAGUACAACUGUACAAAUACGAUACCUGAGCAGUUACUGGAAAAUGUCGUUGUUGUUGUAGAUGCUUCGGAAGCAGAAGAAUUUGCUGAGGUGGCAACAAAGCCGUUGAAAUCCUUACCGUAUGAUACACCUGGUCAGACAUUUGUGGCAUUUGAGAAACCAGAAGGGGUCCCAGCCGUGGGCAGAUUUUCUAACGUGCUGAAGUUUCUUGUCAAAGAGGUUGAUCCCUCAACUGGUGAGGCUGAGGAAGAUGGUGUUGAAGAUGAAUAUCAACUUGAGGAUUCUGAGAUUGUUGCAGCUGAUUACAUGCUUAAGGUUGGGGUUUCCAAUUUUAGAAAUGCAUGGGAAAGCCUGGGCCCGGAUUUCGAGCGAAUUGACGAAUACGGUCUUGGCCCAAGAGAAAGCUUGAGUGAGGCUGUAAAUGCCGUUAUCAAUCUUCUUGGCAUGCAGCCUUGUGAGGGCACUGAGGUGGUUGCGGCCAACUCAAGAUCACACUCAUGCUUGUUAUCGGGUGUAUACAUGGGCAAUGUGAAGGUACUUGUUCGGCUGUCAUUUGGGGUCGAUAGCUCCAAAGAAGUGGCUAUGAAACUUGCAGUUAGGUCUGAAGACGAAUCCGUUAGUGAUGCAAUUCAUGAAAUAGUAGCCAAUUAGCCCGCUUUUAUUUACCAUUUUUGCCAUUCUGACAAGUUCGACAUAGAAGUUUGUUGAGGAGAUUUAAUGUUACUUGUUUUUGUGUUUUAGUCACGUAGACAUUGAUUGAGAUUUGAGAGUGGUUUAUAAGAAGCUUUGUGUUGGGUCUUUUUUGCUAUUGAUGUUUGACAAUUUAACAUUUGAAUUUCGACACUAUGUCGUGUGUAGCAUUAUAAAACUAUUUCUCAUAA